CUCUUAUUCCCGAGAAGCUAUCCAUCCCUUCCCCUAAUCCAAUUUCUCCCUUCUUUUUACAGUACCAGUACGAACACAAACAUCCAAACCAAAAACUCUAGGCUCAUGACUCUUGUGUUCGCAGAGCGUUCAGUCUAAGCCAAAAUGUUCCGAGCGCUAAAAACGCGGGGUCGUUUUCUGGGGAAUGCGUUCGGGGGUUGCAGAAGUGGAUUUGGGGGACAAGCUUCUUUUGGGACCUCGAGGAGGAGAGGUGGGUAUGAGGAUACGGUUAGGAACUUGAGGAUUGGGAGGGAGACGAGAGUCAUUUUUCAGGGCUUUACUGGUUUGUUGAUUUUAGUUUUUCUGUCUUUUUGGUUUUUAUGUUGGAGCUCCCGAGGGUGAGAGCUGGAUUAGCUAACAUAUGACUCUAUAGGUAAACAAGUAAGUGCAGCGCUUACACGAGUGUGAGAACAUGGGGAAUGAGGACUUGAUUUUUGACAAAAAGAAAUAGGCAACUAUCAAUGUGCAAGAAUCCAUACAAUGGGGCCAAACGAAUAUUGUUGGAGGCGUGAGGCCUAACAUAACAGGUUUACAUUUGGGACUCCCUGUUUUGCCUACUGUUCGUCAGGUAGUUUACCAUAUUUCUUGAUAUUUCUGUAAUUCUUUUCUUGGUUUAUUUAAAUUCUAACAGUCUUUAAUAGGCGAUGGAAGAACUCAAACCAGAUGCUACUGGAAUUUACGUUGCAGCCCAUCAAGCACCUGCUGCUAUUGAAGAGGCUAUUGAGGCUCAGAUUCCACUGAUAGUGGCUGUUGCUGAACAUAUUCCUUUACAUGAUAUGUUGAGAGUAGGUUUUUUCCUUGGGUUGAAAUUUUUCUUCUGCUUCGUCAUCCUGAGAGGUCUUGUCAUUACUCUGCAUACACUGCAAGGUCUUAUUACACUAAAGGUCUAGCGCAAACAGCUCAAUUGUUCGAUUUAAUUGAGGAAUCAAGAGUGAUAAGUGUCCAUUAUACUGAGGCAAAUGUGUAACUAGUUUGGUUAUGCAAGACGUCUAGGAUAACAAUAUCGUCACUUAUAGGAUGGUGAAGAGCAAUUACUAUGUCUCUUAAUAUUUCCUGUUCAUUCCAUAAGUUUCUAAACAUGAAAUAACUAUCAGCGCUAACUUGUAAAAAUGAUAGAUUCAUUCAAUCCUAAAAACUCAAUCCAAAUCACGACUCGUGGGACCAAAUACACCAGGAAUCAUCUCCGUAACAGGAAAGUGUAGGAUUGGGUUCCAGCCCUUGCCAUGUUUCUCUUCCGGACGGGUUGGUAUUAUUGCGAAAUCUGGGACUCUGGGUUAUGAAGGUAUUACCCACUCUUUCCGAGCCUUCUCUUGUUUUUGAUCAUUAAGCUACUUUGAUAUCUUACGCCCCUCUUCAGCCUCGUAACUAAAAAAACUGCAUAACUGACAAAAGAUUUGAAAAGCUGUGGCAUCAACCACCCGUGCUGGUCUAGGUCAAACGCUUUGUAUCGGAGUAGGGGGAGAUCCGCUUCCGGGAACCACUUUCCUCGACGCUCUACAAAUUUUAGAACAUGACGCCGAGACGGAAGGAAUAAUACUCAUCGGUGAGAUAGGCGGGGACUCCGAGUUAGAAGCUGCCGCUUGGAUCAGGGACUACCAGAAGAGGGUUGAAAAUCCAAAGUUAGUCGUUCCUUUCUUCUUUUAUUUUCAUUCUGUGAUUCCAAUGAGACAACUGCCAAAGGUGGACGGAAAUGUCCUGGAAUUAUAGUUUGUGGACUGAUUUAUUUGGACAGGCCGAUAGCAGCACUGAUAGCAGGAAUCACAUGCGUAGAAGGAAAAGUCAUGGGUCAUGCAGGAGCCUUUCUUCUUCCAGGAGAUCCAGAUGCCCUUACUAAAAUUCGCGGACUAGAAGAUGCGGGCGUAACGAUUGUUAAUCAUCCUGCGAAAUUCGGAGAUGUGAUGACGGGGUUUCUUGAAUCUCGACAUCAGACUCCCACUUGGAGGAAGAGGAUUUUUGGUUCGAUGGUUGGUAGUGCUGCUCAGAAAAGAGGAAUGCAUAUGAUGAGAAAGCGUCCUUUGAUUUCAGAAAAAAGGACGACAACGCCUAAUAUGAAAGGAAAGUUAACAGGACAAAAGAGGACAUUUUUCCAGGUUAGAGAAGAUGCGGCGCUCAACAUGUUGAGAGAGAAAGGAUUUAAUGCUGGGGAAUACUCGGGUAAAGGAAAAGGAUAUAAAGUGGCAGUAGUGGUGGAUAGACGGACCUGUUCACCAGCCAUAAUCCUGCCUUCAACUGCUUUGGCUGAAGCGACGGAAAUGAAACCCAUCCCGUUCGACUAUCUCACGGAUCUGCCUCUCAACAAAAUACCGACCGUUUCCGCAGGCCUUACCUCCUACGUUUCUCAGACAUCAUUACCGAAACUCAUACAAACUCUUGUACUAAUAUUCAAGCAACACCAAGCUAUCCGUUUAGAAGCAACUUUCGUGGAACGACUGGGAGAUAUAAAAGUAGUGGGCGCAAAUUUCAUUCUGGAUGAAGCGGUAUUGAAGCGAAAACUUAAAAAUGGCAAGAAUAUCAGCUUUCCUCUUCAAGAAAUACGUACCGAAGAAGAGAAAGCCAUCCAAAGCGAAGUUGAGAAGGCUGGCAUCGUCUAUAUCCCCCUUCCAAAUCCCACCAAUUCCGUCGACUAUAAGGGUCGUAACAUCGCAACCUUGGUAAACGGUGCCGGUCUCGCAAUGAACACCAUCGAUGCACUUUCCUCCCUGGGAGGCUUCUCGACCAACUUCCUGGAUACGGGUGGGAAAGCCACGAGCGAUACCGUGAAGCGGAGUUUAAGAAUCAUCCUCAGAGAUGAGAGGGUGAAGGUGGUGUUUGUGAAUGUGUUUGGGGGACUGACGAGGGGGGAGAUGAUUGCUGUGGGUGUGGUGGAUGCUGUUAGGGAAUUGGAAGCUGAAAAGGGCGGAAUGAGAGUUCCGAUUGUUGUUAGGAUAAGAGGGACUGGUGAGGAAGAUGGGAGGAGAAUUGUAAGUUUAUAUUCCCCCCCCCUUUUCUUUUGUGUUGCGUCUGCUUGGGUUUGGUCGUUUUGUAUGAAUUGAAACGGAGAGCUGACACGUUGAAUAGAUUGCUGAGUCUAAACUUCCUCUUCACGCUUUUGACGAUUUCGAAGAAGCUGCUGCGAAAGCUAUAGAGCUCUCUGCACUUUAAAAGUUGCUAGGUAGACCAAGUUGAACUUGCAAAAGCAGCCCUUCUUAAUAGUCCUCUGAAUCUUGACCUACGUAAGAUCAAUAACAAAAAGAGCUACUGAGAAUACCUUUCAAUAUUCUAUCUGUUCCGGAUCCUAGAGAGAUACUUGGAACAGCUUGAGAGAUUGACCCCACCCCUUUUCAGCAUUCGACAUUAUCAUACAGUGUCACUAGACCAAAAGUCGCUGCCCCAACUGUUUCUACUAUCCACCGAGUGCUCCAGCAGGUUGAUCUUUUGUUUUUGGUAGAAUUGAAUGUAAACCUUGUGCUUGUAGCCUCUGGUACGGAGAUACUCGAUGGUCUCGAUGUCGUAUGUCUAUGUUUUCCUUCGUUAUCACUUAGACAUUAUUCCUAAG